AUGCCGUGUGCACUUGAAGUAAUCGACACAAGGUUACAGACCACGUCACAUAUCCAGUGCAGCAGAUCAUUUGACCAAAAUAUUGGAAGACGCUUUUCAAAGGGCCAUCUGAUACAAAAAACUGUUGCUGUUUGUCCUGAGAACAGUGACACCUCAUCAGCUACACUUCCGCUUGGGCAUGAUUCAGAUUGGAAACAGGCACCAUUUUUGUCUGUCACUCAAGAGGUCAACAAGGUAAUCUCGUCAUCAGGAGCUCUUGGUACAGAGUGCCUUGAGCUAUUAUCUGCACAGCCAAGAAUACUGUGUUGCUUAGGCCAGCCGAAUGAAAGGAACAUGCAUGAUCAGGUUGAUUCUUCUAAACCAGUUUCCAAUGGAAACACACAUGGAGGAAGCACCUUAAGGCAAUCUCGGCAAAGGAAAAACGUUUGUAAUUCAUCGACGGCAGUCCCUCCCUGCCAUGUAGUUGCAAAGUACUCCAGGCCUGUCGCUACUACUCUGAGUCUGAGAUCUGAUUCUGAUAUUUUGCACAAUGAUGACAAGCUUUCAAAAAGGAGUUAUAGAAAGAGAGGAAAACAGUGCAAGCGAACAAUCCGCAAAAGGCUGAAUUUGGCAUCAGAAACCACUUUUGAAGAGAGUACUUAUGGUGCUUCUCCUGUGGAGGUAGUUCCGACCAAUUUACUGGUUGAUAAGUUGUCAGAGACCACACCCUCUGCUAGCUCGUUGGUUAAAAAUGAUGGUCAGUACAACAAGGACUAUGUGAAAUGUGGUAUUAUGUUGAAUUUAGCUACAUUGGGAACUGAUGAGAUGGAUGGCUCUGGAUGUGCUGGUUCAUCUUAUAAUGUCGCAGGAGGGAGAUUAAGCUCCAGUUGUGCUCCUUACUUGAAUGAUGAAUCAAAUACGAUCAAUUCUUCAGAAUUUGAUGGAUCCACUUUCACUGAACAUGGCUUGGGAGAAGAAAGCUAUAGCUACCAGAAGUUAACAUGUGCCCAUGUUUAUAACCCCAGUCAUGCAACCACGGAUUCCACCUUUAGUAGGUGGAACAAUGACAACAGUGGGAACUACAGUGUUGAUGUUGAGGCUACCAUCAAAGAUGAAAAUGGACAUGACCAUUCAAAACCAGGGGCCUCCACAGGGCUGAGCAAUAUGAGGGUGGAAUGCCAGUUCAUAGGGUCACAUCUUAGUGCUACUCAUGCUGAAGAUACAAAUGAUCAUCUAGGAAUCAGAUCAUACUCUAAGGAUGUUACUGAUAGUUGUAGCAAUACUGAAAGGGUUCAGUGCAGCAGUCAGGCAUGCAGCAGCAAGGCCUCUCUUCAAUUUAGUUCAGGGAGGAGGAACAUAAAAUCAAGUAAAACACCAAGCUACAUUGAUUUGACUGUGUCUAACAGAGUGAGAGGUUCCAAUAGGCACAAGAACAAUGGAAAAGAUAGUUCAGCAGUGUGGCAGAAGGUAGAAAGAAAUGACAAGAUGAUAUCUAAAGCAGGGCAUUUGAGCAAUUCAUCUAUUCAUGAUAAGGGUGCACAUGAAGUUGGUAAGAAGGGUGUACAGGAAGAUCCAACAAGAAUUCGGGCAAAAUGUAAUCAGAAUAGGAAAAUGUGCAAACAGGAUUCCUCAAAUGGGACAGUUGAACUGGAGCCUACCAAAGAAGAAGAUGCAUUGAACUCCUGCCAUACAUUUUCUGGACCUGUCUACAAGAAGCAGGCACCCUUUCUACGCCAGCAAAGAAGCUCUUCUUCGAAACAAGGUUCUCAGUCAUCGAAAAACUACUAUGCUCCUAGGAUUGGUAUCCCCAAGGUGCCAAAGGAUUACUUGCAGCAAGAAGAAUUGCCUAUGUUGGUGCUAGUUCAUGCCAAGAACACCAGUGAUAGAUCAACCUCGUAUUCAAGUUCAGCUGAUGAAGUUGGUCUAACUGGAGUUGGCAGCAACUACCCAACUGAGGGAAAUGAGGGUUCACAACCUGGUAUUGAGAUAGCAGCAUCAGUAUCUUGCAACUUGGUUCCAGAUUUGGCCCCACAAGCUGCUUCUGAUGAUUCCCACGUAUCAGAUCCUCACUCUUUAUGUCCUGAAAACAAGGGUGUAUCCACCAGUCGGAGCUCCAAGAACCUGUGCACUGAUCCUUUUGUUGCAGAAACAAAGGAAGCUCGAUGUGUGAAGUUACUAACAGAGAAUAAUUCUCAAGAAUGCUGUAAGUGGUAUUCUGGUGCUGGACACUUGUCACAGAAGUGGAUUCCUGUUGAUAAGAAGGAAACUUGCAAUGGGAUCUAUUUGGAUGUCUCAGCUAAUGGUGAGGACAGCAACUUACCUAGUGAAAGGACUUAUAAACUGAACUCAUCUGAACAUGUUGAUUUGAAAUUCCAAGCAGAUAAUGCAACUGAGACCGAUUACAGCAAGAUGAAAGAGGCUAUCAGUUAUGUUUACACAGCACAGCAGCAAGUCGAAGAUAUCCAACUUCGCAUUGGUGGUAGGCCUAUUGCUGAUUUGGAAAAUUUUGUUUACUCUGCUUCUCCAAUUGUGCACUGCAGCCCUUGCCCUGCUGGCUGUAAAUCUUACCUGCAAGAAUGUGUGAAGGAUGGCUUAUGUUUACAUCAGACUCCAGAUAUCACUCUAAGAACUGUCUGGCAGUGGUACGAAGAGCCUAGCUGCUAUGGUUUGGAUGUAAAGGCACAAGAUCUCCGGAGGUCAAAAGGCUUGUGGAAUAGUCAUUGUCAGUUUACAACGUAUUUUGUACCAUAUCUAUCUGCUGUUCAACUCUUCAGUCAACCUAAAAGAACCAGUGGUGGAAGCAUUGAUAAGGAGUCAAUCCAUAGGAAUGUGACAUGUGAAACAUCUCCAAACCUGAACCUGCCCCCAAUAUUUGCAAAGCUUUUUCCAAAACAAUCUAAUCCAGUAAACAAAUCAUCUACUCUGCAUACUGAAGAUGAUCAGCAGACAGCAGAUGGGGAGCUGAUAUUUGAAUUUUUUGAAUCUGAACAACCAUACUCGCGGCAACAGUUAUUUGACAAGGUAAAUGAGCUGAUUGCUGGUGUGAAACCAUCGAAAUGCCAAAUAUCUGGAGACCCAAAGAAUUUGGAGGUCAGCCUGCAUGAUCUCCAUCCAGCCUCUUGGUAUUGUGUUGCAUGGUAUCCCAUAUACCGGAUACCUGAUGGAAAAUUUCAGGCCGCAUUCUUGACAUAUCAUUCUCUUGGGCACUGGAUUCAUCAGAGCAGCUCAGCAGACGGGGCUGUUGUUUUGCCAGUCAUAGGCCUGCAGUCUUACAAUGCCAAGGCAGAGUGGUGGUUUGAGAUGAGGAAAUCCGAUUCUGAAGGUGCCGUGUCAGCAGAGCCGCAGUCCAGUGAAGCAUCCCAGAUUCUGAAGGAGAGAUUGUGCACGCUGAAUGAGUCUGCGGCGGUGAUGUCCAGGGCCAGCGUGCUGAAGAAUGGGCAGAUGAGUAGAAACAGGCACCCAGACUUCGAGUUCUUCCUCUCCCGGAGCUGA